GAAGAUUAGCUAUUAGCCAUGAGAUAUGUUGUUGUCCAUGCAUCUUAACUUCGAGCAAAGGCCUGCUGAGGCUUACGCAAGUUUCUGAAUAUGUAGGUAUCAAAAUCUAAAAGGGUGGCAAUGAUGAAGAUGCUAGACGAUGGAUUCGAAGACAAGGUCAAAGACCAGAGGAAACUGAAACAUAAAACACUUGCGGAUAAAAGGGAUCCUUAAGACACGGAGCAAAAAGAGAAAAGCUGAAGAAGAGAACUGAUGAUUGUCUACAUUCUCAAAAUAGUCUGGUAAGAAACAUUCGCAAGUCCAUUUAGUUGGUUCAGUGACUCGGUUACAAGCUGUCAAGCUAGUGACUAUGGCAUGAAUAUGAAUGAAUGAUGAAAGAGGUGGAAGGUUCGAAUCGGUUUUGUUACAGUUUGAAAGGCUUGAGUUGCAUUAGUACUAGACACGUUUGUGGAAGUCAACAACGUACUACUACGACGAGCUAUCACACUAAAACUAUGCGUUUUGUUCGAAGAAGCUUAGCAAGAAGAAAGUUUGCAUUUUUCUUACUUUGUUUUUGAUAAAGAAUAUUUUUUUUUGACAAUUUAGAGACGUAUUAUCCUCUUUUAGUCUUUUUCAUGGGUUUAUCAUAUUGUAUGAAUAAGCUGAAGCCCACUCAUAAUAAAUAGUAAGGCUGAAUUUUAUGAGUCAAGGUCACCGUUGAUGUAAACAUGAAGCAAAAAUAAAAAACAAAAAUGUUUGAAUCUUUGACUUAUCUUUGUUUAACAAGACAGAGAGAAAGAGAUGUGUCUGAACCAGAAACAAAACUUGUUGAGCUUUGAGUUCUCAAAGAGAGAGAGAGAGAGAGAAAAUGUGUUGUGAUCUGAGACGUUUCUUUCUUGCAUUGAUUCUGUUGCGAAUCUUCCAACACGCAGCAGCUUCUACUUCUUUCCCUCUCGCACGACCUAACUGCAAAGACCACUGUGGAGCUGUUAGUGUUCCUUACCCUUUUGGGAUAGGCCAAGGUUGUUACAAGAACAAAUGGUUCGAGAUUGUUUACAGAAACAGCAACUCAUCAGACCAACAGCCAAUACUUUUCUUGCCAAGCAUCAAACGCCAAGUUACUAACUUCAACCUUGGAUACUUCUUCUCCUUAUCGGUGUUCACCAAGUUUUACAUUCAGAGUCCACUGAAACAUUCAGGUUGUUCCACUGGAGAUGCUGAUUCGUCACUGAAUCUGACGGGAAGCCCAUUCUUCAUAACAGAGAGUAAUAUGUUCACAGCUGUUGGAUGCAACAACAAGGCGUCUAUGAACGCUACAGGGUUACAAAUCCUGGGAUGUGAAACGACAUGUGGGAAUAAGAUUCAGUCUUACAAAGAUGCUAACGAGAGUUGUAUUGGUUACAAAUGCUGUCAGAUACCUAUACCACCUGAUCUUCAAGUGUUUGAUGCAACCGUGGGGAAACUGGAACCAGGUCAAGAAGGAUGUCAGGUUGCCUUCUUGACACAGUUUACCUUGUCAGGGUCAUUGUUCACGCCCCCUGAGUUAUCAGAGUACAAUGAAUACACGACAAUGGAGCUAGAAUGGCGUCUUGAUCUUUCCUCCAUGUCUUCAAAAGUUUUGCUAUGCAAGAACAACACAUUUGGUGAUGGUUAUCAAUGUUCGUGUAGAUAUGGUUACGAAGGAAAUCCUUACGUACCUGGUGGAUGUCAAGACAUUGAUGAAUGCAGAAUCCCACAUAGAAACAACUGUGGAAUGAACAAAUGUGUGAAUGUUAUUGGAUCAUACAGAUGUGAGAAAACUUUGUCAGUCAUUUUAGGUGGAACUCUACUUUCUGGACUGAUUCUUCUGGCCGUUGGUAUGUGGUUGCUAUGCAAGGUUCACAGAAAGCGGAAAGCAGGCAAGCAGAAGAAGAACUUCUUCAAACGAAAUGGAGGAUUGUUGUUACAGCAACAAACACACGUCCUUCAAUGCAGUGUCAACAGAACCAAGCUGUUCAGCUCCGGUGAUCUGGAGAAGGCAACUGAUAAAUUCAACGCGAGCAGGAUACUAGGGCAAGGUGGGCAAGGUACCGUUUACAAGGGGAUGUUGGAAGAUGGGAUGAUUGUUGCAGUCAAGAAGUCCAAAGCACUAGAGGAAGAGAAUCUUGAAGAGUUCAUCAAUGAGAUCAUCCUUUUAUCACAGAUUAACCACAGAAACGUUGUCAAGAUCUUAGGAUGUUGUCUUGAGACAGAGGUGCCUAUGUUGGUGUAUGAGUUCAUUCCCAACCGCAACCUUUUCGACCAUCUACACAACCCAUCAGAAGACUUCCCAAUGACUUGGGAAGUACGUCUCCGCGUCGCCUGGGAAGUUGCAGAUGCCCUCUCCUACCUGCAUUCAGCGGCCUCUAUACCAAUCUAUCACAGAGAUGUCAAGUCAACAAACAUCUUGUUGGAUGAAAAGCACCGUGCAAAAGUAUCAGAUUUUGGGAUUUCGAGAUCUGUUCCUCUAGAUGAUACUCACUUGACGACAGUGGUGCAAGGAACCGUUGGAUAUGUAGACCCAGAGUACCUCCAGUCGAACCACUUCACAGGGAAGAGUGACGUCUACAGCUUUGGAGUUGUGCUCAUUGAGCUUGUAACUGGAGGAAGACCUGUCUCCCUUCUGAGGCCACAAGAAGUCAGGAUGUUGGGAGCUUACUUCCUCGAAGCCAUGAGGAAUGACAGACUUCACGAUAUUCUCGAUGCUCGCAUCAAGGAGGAAUGUGAUCAAGAGGAGGUGCUUGCAGUAGCCAAACUUGCACGAAGGUGUCUGAGCUUGAACUCAGAACAUCGUCCUACCAUGCGAGACGUAUUUAUUGAACUUGAUAGGAUGCAAUCCAAGGGAAAAGGCACUCAGAUCCAAGCACAGAAGGGUGAAGAGCAUGACCACAUCCGUAUCUCAGUACCAGAGUCCAUGUCACUCAGUUACACUUCUCCGGACAUAGUCGUUGAAAACAGCUCAUUCUCACUGGACUCAAAACCACUGAUGCCUCACAAGACACAGUAACUGGAAAACCUAUGCUCUUCACCUUCCAAGUACAAUGAACCUUGAUUCCUCUUAUCUGCACACUAUGUAACAAAUUCAAAGAAAUAAAAAAGAGACUACAAAAGAAGCAAACUAUUUGUAUCACUUUUAUAUAAUCGUUAAAAUGUUUAAAGCA